AUGACUGCUGACCAAGCUGUGUUUUACAACCGAGCUGUGAUCAACGGAUGUGGGGCUGCUUAUCCUGUGUCAGAGCUGUUCAUUGUCAGAGUUCCAAGACCUGAAGCUAUGCAAAACAAUAGAGAGGUUCGUGCUCAGAAGAAACGAGACUGCGGCAUGAGAUGGUCUAUACCUUCAUCGGAUAUUUCUGGUGCUCGAGGAAUUCUACGUCCCAACAAGUGA